GUGACUCCAAGCAACAUGGUAGAAAUGUGAUGUUUUCAGCAGCUGAUGCUAUCAAUAUUCUGGAGACUUUGUGGGAUAUUUUAAGAGAAUGAUAUCCAUCAUAACGGACUUGUGAAAUUCACCUCUAAAAUCCUAUUAUUGCCUUAUCUCUGCUUUGAUUCCGUGGUGAAUGGAUGUUUAAAAGCGCCCAAAAUGUCCAAACCUGCACUCCUUUCUCUUCAUCAAGCACUUAGGAAAAGUUUUCAGAGUCUGGAAAACAACCAGCGGAUCUGGAGGAGCGCGUUGUCCGAGUGCAGCCCUCUCAUUGAGUCUCUCGGGAAUCUGGUAGAGCAGUCGAGAGCUCUUUCUAAUGUCCAACUCUCCAACACACCUCUGAGAGACUUUCCUGAUCUGGAGGAGAGGCUGCGGUUCAAACUUCUGCAAGCUACGGAUACUGUACUCUUCAAACUCAACGAGAAGAUGUCCUCUCUUCAGUCCGUCAGAGACUCAAUCAGUAACCAGGUCUCUGCAGUCCUCCAGCUUUACGAGCAGAACUCAGACAGUCUGGAUCUGAUCACUGUGACCGAGCGCUCAGCCACUGCCCCAUCAGUCUCUGACAUGCUGGGGUGGCUGCAGGAUGCCGAGCGUCACUAUCGGCAGCAAUUUCUGAGGAGGAAGACUCUGCUGCAGACACUCAGAGCUGAUGACCUCUCUUUGAUGGAAGCAGCUCCCAAAAGAUGGAAAUCCAUGGAGUCUCCCAGUGCGGAAGCCAGAAUCACUGAUACUCUCUGCAAAGUGUCCUUUUUUGUUGCGGCCCAAUAACAAGAGGAACAUAAGUGGCCCUCUGAGCAGCUCUGACUCUGACUGACUUUCAUUCGUGAAAAAGGAGCUUUAUCUUAAAAGGAGUAUUAAGGACACCGUCACCGAUACCUCAGAUGGACACUUUUCCUAUGGAUGCUUGAAAAAUUACCAGAUUUAUCACAUAAAUGUCCCAAGAGAUAAUAAAUAAAAGCAUGGCAGAGGA